AUGGCUGUGGCCGCAAGGCUGCGUGCCGGAUGGGUCGCGCUGCGGGGGCCGGCCCGGCGCCGCGGAGCGCGGCGGAGCCUGCAGGCCGGGGAGGGGACGUCUGGUGACACGGGUGACAAUGGUGACGCGCUCACCCGCACAAAACGGGGCCGCCACAAGGCUCUGAUUGCGGCCGUUGCGUACGCUCUGGAGGCCAUCCCCUAUGACGUCAGCGAAUUAGUCGUGGUCGGCAACCUCAACGACGGCCGCGCGGCGGCCGAGGCGGCGGCGGCGCGCGGCGGCGGCGGCGGCGUGAUGGCGGCGCUUGCGCUCAGCGUGCCGCAGGCUGCAUGGGAUGUCGGCGUGGGCGCCGUGGCCGGCGCCGCGGCGGUGGUCGCGUCGAUGCCCUUUGACGUCGUGAAGACCUACAUGCAGGUCAACCCCUCUUGCAGCGGCGGCCUUGGCGGGUUUGCGGCGACCGCGCGGCAGCUGGUGGCGCAGGGCGGCCCCGGCGCGCUGUGGCUGGGGCUGGCGCCGCGCUUGGCCCACCAGGUCCCGGGCGCCUGCAUCUGCUGGUGGGCCAUCCAUGCAGUCCAGCGACACAUGAUGACUCACCACUACGACACAGGGGCCGACGGCGGCGGCCACCAGGGCCACUGA